UUUCGCGAAUUUGUGCGUGAAAAUGGAGAUGUUGGCGCUACUUCGUCCUCUCUCUAUCCCUUCCUGUCCUUCAAACAUUCACCGUAAACACAAACCUCUGCUCCAAAACCCUAACUAUCGUAUCUCUUGCUGCUCGAUCCGCUCCCCCGCGAUAAACUCUGAAGAUGCUUCUCCAAAAACUGAAUACAAGCCGGGAAUUAUCGAUGAUCUGUUCCUUAGCUUAUUUCGGAACAAAAUGAUCAAGGAGGUUGGAUGGGAUUCUGAGAACCCUGGAUACGAUGGGCUAAUUGAUGUUGCAAACCGUCUUGUGACCAAGGGCAGGAGCAAUUCUGAUAUCAGAGACACCGCGGUUAGGAUACUGAAGUCGCUGUUUCCUCCACUUCUGUUGGAGCUUUACAAAAUGCUCAUAGCACCUAUAGGAGGAGGAAAAGUAGCUGCAUUGAUGGUUGCAAGGGUGACUGCUCUUACUUGUCAAUGGCUCAUGGGCACUUGCACAGUGAAUGAUGUCGAACUUCCAGAUGGAACAUCAUAUAAGAGUGGGGUGUUUGUGGAAAGAUGCAAGUACUUGGAGGAAAGUAAGUGUGUUGGGAUUUGUAUCAAUACUUGUAAGCUUCCAACACAGACUUUCUUCAAGGAUUACAUGGGGGUUCCCCUGCUGAUGGAGCCAAAUUUUAAUGAUUAUAGCUGUCAGUUUAAAUUUGGGGUCCCUCCACCACUGCCUGAAAAUGAUAGCAGUCUGAAGGAACCUUGCCUGGAGAUAUGUCCGAUUGCCGGACGACGCAAGGAAGUCCGAAGACAAAAUGACGCAGUUCAAUGUCCAAAGAUAUAUUAAGAAACAGCAUGAGAUACAAGAUCUUUCAGAAGAGGGGCCGAUACAUGAAGGGAACUCUUCUAACCAGACAAUAAAGUUGACACCUUUAAAACAUAAGAUUCUACAUCAAAUAUGUAUUUCAAAAUUUCAAUGUUGUUUUUAUUCGAUAUUUAAUGAAUUAAUAACUGGUAGUGUGUAAAAUAAGUUGUGCUGUGGACAAAAAAUAAAAAAACAAAACAACACUU